AUGUGUUUGGAUGAAAGCCCUAUAUCGGACAAACCACAUCACCUCAUCCACGCUUUUCUUAGCUUUAUUUUGCUUGGAAUAGAAGAUAAAGGCGACACAGCCACAGAUAUCAAUGGAGCAGGCUCAGCAGAAGCAGAUAAAGCAGCAGGAACAGGAGCAAAUGCGUCAGUCUGUGAUGCAAUAGGUGAUGCUGUCAGACGCGCGCGAGCGACUGGCUAG